UGUAGACAACAAUAUCCGAUUUAUUUAAAAGGAGAACCUUCUGCAAUCUUUGUUAAUUCCUUUCCGAAAAACAAUGGUGCAUUGUGUCCUGUUUUUAAAGGAGGUUUCGGAAAUCAUAUUUUCCAAUUUGCUUAUACGUUCGGAAUAGCCAAGUCCAAAAAUAUGAAUAUCCUUGUAAAUGAAAAAGUAAACGUUAGCAUAGUUUUCAAACUGACUGUUGAUGUGAGAAACGAUUCAAGCGAUUGUAACGGUUUUAUGACACGCAUCGAAAAAUUUACAGCUAAAUACGAUGAUAAUCUUUUAAAUUUUAAUCCAGAAAAAAGUUUUAGAGUACAGAAUGCCUUACAAUCAUGGAAAUGUUUACAUAUACGAAGAGGUGAUAUGGUUAAUAUGGGUGACAAUAGUUUUAAUGUUGCAUCAUUGGAAUAUCUCACAAGUGCUGUCAAUUAUUUCAAGGACAGAUAUCAAAAUAUCAUAUUUAUUGUUGCAUCAAAUGGCAUGUCUUGGGCACAAAGAAAUAUGCCUUCAAAUAUAUCUGUAGAAUUUAUACAACACAGUGCUGUUGCCGACAUGGUAACAUUGGCAACUUGCAACCAUACAAUGGCAUAUUUUGGAUGGAUUGGGUUGUAA